AUGAACCCGACAGAUAUGAGCAACUUCAGUGAUUUCAGUGAUUUGUGGUGUGACAAUAGGACAGAGGCGGCAUCUGAUAAACUUUUAUUUGGUAUUGGCACGGACAACUUCAUAACCUUGCUAAUCUUCGCGCUGAUUUUCACCCUGGGUGUGCUGGGUAACUCCAUGGUCAUAACGGUGCUCGCCCGGAGCAAGCCGGGCAAAUCGCGGAGCACCACCAAUAUUUUCAUCUUGAACCUGAGCAUUGCUGACCUCUCCUAUCUCCUUUUCUGCAUACCUUUCCAGUCCACCAUAUACAUUAUGCCAACAUGGGUGCUAGGAGCAUUUAUUUGUAAGUUCAUACAUUACUUUUUCACCGUAUCCAUGCUAGUGAGCAUUUUUACCUUGUCUGCGAUGUCUGUGGACCGUUACGUUGCCAUCGUGCAUUCUCGGAAGUCCUCCUCGAUACGCGUGGCGCGGAACGCACUUAUUGGAGUGGUUGGUAUUUGGGUUUUGUCGCUAGCCAUGGCAGCGCCAGUUGCCCAUUACCAGAACAUAAUUGACCGCGGCCCAAAUGCCACGUACUGCUGGGAACUGUGGCCGAACGCUCAGUAUAAAAAGAUCUACGUGGUGUGCGCGUUUGUGUUUGGUUACGUGCUGCCCCUACUUUUGAUUUCCUUCUGUUAUGCAAAGGUUUUAAACCACUUGCACAAAAAGCUAAGAAAUAUGUCGAAAAAAUCAGAGGCUUCUAAGAGGAAGACAGCGCAAACGGUGCUGGUGGUCGUGGUGGUGUUCUGUCUGUCCUGGCUGCCCCACCACGUGGUGCACCUGUGGGUGGAGUUCGGCUCUUUCCCCCUGAGUCAGGCCUCCUUUGUGCUGCGGGUGGCUGCCCACUGCCUGGCUUACAGCAACUCCUCCAUCAACCCUGUCAUCUAUGCCUUCCUGUCGGAGAACUUCAGGAAGGCCUACAAGCAGGUGUUCAAGUGCCAGAUGAUCAGUGAAUCUUCACUCAACGACAUCAAGGAGAUUCAUCAGAGUUCAACUCGGUUGACCUGAACUGGGCUCUCUUCGACCAUGUUAGCAUCCAUCUACAGUGUUCUGCUUCCUUCAACCUCCCUGGGAUCACAUCCUACUGUACAUUCUGCAUGACAGCAUUAGAUGAGAGAAGUUGAAGAUGACCUAUCACUAAUAAACUUAGCUAAUUGUCCUAUGAGAGAAUCAGCACCCGGUCUGAGUAAUGGAUUCAGUUCCAGUUGGCUCUGUCCCAUUCCCUUCCUUCUGCCAUGUCUGCAUGAGCAGAGUGGAUGUGAGCACCUUAUCACUGUAUCGGCGCAUGGUCACCGUGGCUCAUGAAGUUUGCUUCUGAGAUAGCAUUGGCUGAACAGCAGAAUUCAAAUCACAAUCAUCAAACUUAUCUUGUUUUGCUUCCCUUUUCAUUCAAGCAUUCCCAAUUCUUCAUGUCUGUUUUUACUCUGGAACUGCUGUCAUUUAAUUCAUGUUUGUGAAACUGUCCCUUAAAGACUAAAGUCUGGCAGCCCAGUAAGAAGCUUCUCAUCAGUUCUGGCCACCAAAGUAUAUAUUUUGGAGGGUUCUUUUUUUGGGGGGGGGAAUGGUUUAGCUUUUUUAUUGAAUGAGUUCUAUUCAUGCGACCCUUGUUUUGUUAUGACCUUGUUAGAAAGAAAUGUCUGUGGUAAUUGAGUACCUCAACUGAAAAAUGUGAAUUCAGCCAAUUUAACAACAUGCAAGUUGCUUUAUAUUUUAUAGUAGAUUCCUUUUACUACUGAUGUCACUUGGUUGUUUCCUGUGCACAUGUCAUGAAUACACAUGUGGUGGCUUUUGUUCACCCAUUAUAGCUGUAUUGCCCUGGUACAAAUGCUUCAAAUUAUGGCCAAGUCAUACCAGUUUCCAAGACAAGUACAUUUCUGCCUCAUGUGUAUGUGAAAAUUCAAUGUGGAAUAGUCUUACUGAAAGCACCCAGGUCUGUGCUUGUGAAGCCUGGUCAGACAAUCCACAUCUGACCAGGCUCACACACUUUUCAUAGGAUGAAGUAUACAUGUAUGCGACUAUAUACAGCCUAUGUGAUUGCGUGUCAAUUAAGCCAGAGAUAUUUUAAAGCUGAUAUUUUAUAGAUGUUGUUUUGAUAUUGUUGCCUAUUGUACUUAUGUCAAAUACACAGCCUGCAGACAUAUUCUCCAGAA